AUGGUAACCGAGUUACGAUCUCUGCGGAAACGGGAACAUCAGCUUUUAAAAUCCUUAGAUGGUGUGCGUCAUUUUGUCCAGCAUUAUGAAGAGGCCAGAGAUGGCGGACAAGUCAGCCUGCGAAUGCAAGGACUGGAGGAGGUCCACAAGGAAUAUUUCGCAGUUCGUAGUAAGCUUGAGUUCUUGGUUGAAGACGCUGAAUUGACGAAACACGCCAAUUCGGAUCCAGAUGUGAAGCAAGAAGUAUUGGAACAUCUGGACAAUGAGAACGAUCGAGUAUUGCAGGAGUUUGAGGAUCAUUUUUAUGCGCUUAAAGCAUCGAUGCUGACAUUAUUGCCGAAUUUCUUACCACCACUACAGUUGGGAGGACAUCAAUCAUCGAUUGCUGGAGAUGAUGGUUCUGAUGUGAAGCAAGAAGUAUUGGAACAUCUGGACAAUGAGAACGAUCGAGUAUUGCAGGAGUUUGAGGAUCAUUUUUAUGCGCUUAAAGCAUCGAUGCUGACAUUAUUGCCGAAUUUCUUACCACCACUACAAUUGGGAGGACAUCAAUCAUCGAUUGCUGGAGAUGAUGGUUCUGGUACGCACCAAGUACCGAAAUUUUCGAAGGUAAAGCUGCCUGAAAUCCGUCUGCCGUCAUUCAGUUGCAAAAUUUUUGAGUGGGUAACCUUCCGCGAUUCCUUUCAAAGUCUGAUUCACAGCAAUCCUCAGCUGACUGAUAUGCAUAAGUUAAAAUAUCUGAGGUCGUCGUUGUCUGAUGAUGCACUGCAAGAACUCAGUUCAGUAGGAUUGUCUGCCGCCAAUUAUAUUGUUGCGUGGGAAAUAUUGGAGAACCGCUAUGAGAACAAAAAACUCAUAGUGAAGGCUCACCUAGAUGCACUUUUUGCCAUUGAGGGUCUCAAAAGGGAGAGCUACGAUAAACUCAACCAACUCAUAAGCGACUUUGAGAAAAAUCUCCAAAUGUUGGACAAGAUAGGUCAGAACACUUCGGAGUGGACCACCAUUCUCGCUUAUAUGGUGUACUCCAAGCUCGAUUCCGCUACGCUACGCCAGUGGGAUACUCACCACAACUCGAAGGAGGUUCCCACGUAUGCAGCCCUUCUCAGUUUUCUCCGCAACCACUGUGAUGUUAUUCAAUCAGUCGCUCCUGCAAAAUCCCAGACCAUCGAUCAUCGUUCUUCUAAAUCAACCGUCUGUCACGCUGCUGUGAAGACAUCAAACAGAUGCACAUUAUGCAGUGAAUCGUGGCAUCCUCAUUCCCAGUGUGCUAUGUUUCAACGGAUGAAGGUUUCGGAGUGCAUCGAAGCUGUUGCUAAGCACAGGUUGUGUCGUAACUGUCUGCGUCCUGGACACUAUUCAAGUUCCUGCGAGAGAGGAGUCUGUCGUCAUUGCCAACAGAAGCACCACUCCAUGCUACAUGGACCACCCAAAUCCUCCGUUCCACACUCGCAGCCGAAACCUCCGUCUCAAGACCCGCAACCGAGACAGUCACAGACUAAGCAACACAAUCCGAACCAACACACACACACUAAUACUGCCAACUCGCAGCGAGCAAACAACACACAGCCAACCACAACCACACCCACCACAAGUCAAAAUUAUGUUGCACUCCCCAUCACACCAACACACAACAUACUCCUGUCAACCGCUCUCGUGACAAUCAAGGACCGUUUUGGCAGAACAACGCUCGCACGAGCCCUGCUAGAUUCGUGUUCUCAGCACUGUCUAAUGACAGCAAGUUUUGCGAAUAAGCUGCAGUUUCACGAAUCCCCUACAUAUUUGUCAGUUCAAGGAAUCGGUUCAUCUCGAUCAGUUUCCACCAAAUUGAUCAGUGCAGAGAUCAGUCCCAGAUCCAGGAUUAUAUCAUCUUUCGCCGCAGAAAUACAGUUCCAUGUACUACCGAAAUUGACUGUCCUUUUGCCGACGACGAGUUGCAAUCCUGCCGAGUGGGAUCUUCCAGAUUCUACUCUGAUAGCCGACCCCGGUUUCCACGAGCCUGGCCCAGUUGAUUUGAUCAUAGGGGCGGAGUAUUACAUGGACUUGGAAGAAUGA